GUUAAAGUAGGAGUCACCCUCUCAUCUGCUAAAACCCCAAAACGCCACAGUGUGGGUCCACGGCAGCUGUUUGAUCAGUGAGCUUUGUGUGUUUUACUGGUACUUUGUCCCCGUCGACCUUUAGUCCAAACACCACUGCUUGUCAGGGGCUCAUGUAGAUGGAUCAUACAAACACUUACCUGCAGACUGAUGACAACAUGUUACACAUUACACAGCCCUUUAUCCUCUCACGUGUCCAAUGAACCCCGGGUCCUUCUGGCCGGAGGACGACGCUCAAGCUGGACACAUUUCACUCUAACCCAGCGUCAGAAGACACACAAGCGCAGACGGUGGUACAUUACGUGCUGAUUGGGACUUAAAAUCCUAAUUUGACUCUCACUUUGUUAUAUGAAAAUGUAAAGUCUGCCCCCUUGUGGCCUUUUAGUUUGGUGCAUGAAUCAGACAGCAAAUAUAUACUGCGUGUCUAUGUGUAUUAUAUAUAAUGUGUCCUGUCCAGCAGUUCAACAAGCAGCUUGUAUUACGCUGAAUGCCGUGUUGUGAUGGACAGUUGUUACAAGUGGAGUAUAUAAGACAAUUAUAUACUCCUCUUGAUUAAUGGUUUAUUACUUUUUAUUUAGUUCAUCCUAAACAUAUGUGUAAAGUCACUCAGUUGGUGGACAGGUUGAGUUUGUGUGUGUGUGUGUGUUCUUUUCCAUGUUUCUGUGGAAUCUCAGGUAUGUUUGUAACAAAAUGCAACUAUUUGUUCUGUAAAAUGUUUCAAAUCCCAAGAUGACAUUUAAUUUAUUGCUUUCUAUACAAGGAUUGUGCAGCAGAACAUGUGGUUAUAAACUAAAUGUUUAAUUUGUAUCAAAAUAAACAGCUACAGUAUUUUACAAUGUUUCAUAUGAAAUGAAUGUGAAACUUGUGUGACUAACUGAGGGCAGGCAGGUGAUAAAAAGAAAGGACCCGAGUGAUGAACAUGUGUUAUUUUGUUUCCACUGCUUAUGCACAAAAAACACCAUUGAACAUGUGGUUGACGUUUUUCUGACACCUGACAUGAAAAGGAAACCAGCUGCUUCACAAUCAACCGAAAGGAUGAAGCCAGAACAGAUGCAGCUUCAGGGUCUGACUGAACUCAGCCCUGCGGCUUUUUGAGAUUUGAGGCUUCUUGUUUUCCUGUAGAUUUUGGGAUUUGUUGCAGAUUUUUGAUGAUUGUUUCAUAACAAUGUUUUCUAUCUUGAUGUCUCGCUGGGAUGUGUUUGCUUGAAGUUGCUGGAAUUCAUCAUUUCCAGCAUUUCAAAGCUUCAUGCACUGAUGUCUCUUCACAUUUGGUGGAAUCCUGUGAUGUUUUUGACAGAGGUGUCACUCCGGCCUCUGAGCAUCAAGCUCUGCUCCACCUCCAGUGACGCUCUGCUUCCUCUGAAGGCGUCAUUUAGCUGCUGAGGUGUGUGACAGACCGAACCACGGCUGAGCUGCUCUUCCUCUCAUCAAAGGCUCUGGUUCUCUUUCAUUCUGUUCGUUUUAACGAUGAUGCUAAAGGCUCUGGUCUCUGUCCGGUCUCUCAUCAUUCUGGCUGCUUUUGCUGCAGGUUUCCAGCUCCAGACAGACCCCAGAUCUGCUGCAGAGCUGCGCCACCGACCGGUCCUGCAGCCCACUGAGGCUGCUCCUCAAGCAGGAACCUACACGGUGAAAAGCUCUGAGGGGAAACUCUGCAUCAAAGCCACCAUGGGAGCGGAAUACAUCAUCACUGAGAAGCAGAGGAGCUGGUAUUUCAACCUGGACCCCUCCAGGGUCACGGCCACCGGUCACUGUGACGACAGAGCUGCUCUUCUCUCCCUGACGCUGCCAGAUGAUGGUGCCGGUCUGCAGCUCAGCUUCAGGAAGGAAACCAGCUGUUUCUACGUCACCAAGCUCACAGCUCACCUGUCUCCUCUGCCUGUUUGCCAGACGUGUCCCAAUCAGACGUACUCGGGUUUGCUGGAUCAUCAGAGGUUGUUCACGACAAAGAAAGGUCAGAGCUUCACCUGCCAAUCGGAGAACGAGCUUUCGCUGUCGCCUCAGCUGAAGGUCAAGCUCGUUCCUCUGCAGAUGCAGGCGUUUUCUCUGCCUGAUGGACAGUUUGGAAAAGAGUUUGAGUGCUGGGCCGACUUUAACAAACAAGUCAUCCCUGUCAUCGUUGGGGCCACAGUGAUGGGUCUCGCCCUCAUCGCUGUGCUGACAUUCCUGUUCAUUAGGGACCGCCACAGAUCAGGAUACGACAGGAUCUGAGCUGGUUCUCAGCUAGUGCUUAUUGAGGAUUUGGUUCAUCAUAUAAAUAUAUUCAAAAUUCCUUUUGUAUCUGUGACACAGUGGAGGUUUUGUAAAUUUCAUUCAUCUUAUUUUCUGCUGUUUAUUUGAUCAGCUCUAAUUUAUUGCAUGUUUAGCAUUUAUUUAAAAGUCAUGGUUCACACACUCACAUAGACACAUAAGUUGUUCAUAUCAUUCAUCCUUAAUUACAUCUAAAUCCGAUCUCAAGUAUGUUGUCACUGGCAAUCAUCUAUUUUACACACAUGCAUUGGUUUGUAAUAUGCAAUUACACAAAAUAACUUGACCUGAUUUUAUUAUAUUAUUCGUUAUCAUCAGAUUAUAAUAAAGACCAUGAAACACA